CCCGGCUACAGGGCGGCAGAGGCGGCGGCCCAGGCGCGGUACGGCGCGGCGGCGCCCAGCCCACGGCUCCAGCCACCUGAGCCCGAGUCUCGGGUCCCAGAGGUCUCCGCGUGAGUGCGCGCCGGGGAAGCCGGUUCUGUGCGUCCCGUGGGGAUUCGUCUGAGGCUCCGUUCCUGGAGUGCCGAGAGAACCUCAAGGCCUCAGAGCUUUGAGUGGCCAGUGGUUGGACGCCCAGCAGGAUCAGAUCAGCCUUACCCAACCGCAAAGGCCUUUGGGUAAGGGAGACAGACCAAGUGGCAGAAAGACCAGGCUGUUGGUCAGUGUUUGAACAAAAAGCCUCUUCCUUCUCCAAGGUUUCCCAAAGGAGAGCAGAAAUAGGUCAAGGGCAGCCCAAGCAGCCACGUUCGCUCUCCGCCCACAAGGCCCCGACUUUGGAGAUGAGGAGUUCCGAAGACCCGCCGGCCGCCCCCACGGUGCUGCAGCGCCUGCUGCAGGAGCAGCUGCGCUACGGCAACCCCAGCGAGAACCGGAACCUGCUCGCCCUGCAUCAGCAAGCCACGGGGAAUGCCCCACCUUUCCCUGGUGGCGGGGGCGGGAGCCCCGGAUCUCAGGGGGAGGGGAUGACGCCCCAAGAUCACCAGCACCCCCAUCAGCAUCAGCACCAGCACCCGCACCAGCAUCCUCAUGCGCACCAGCACGCACACGUGCUUCCGCUCUCUCACCCCCAGCAACUCGGGGCUGCCCGCCAGGAGCCUCAGGGCCAGGAGAUUCAAGUGGACAACAAUGUCAUGGAGAAGCAGCUGCCCUCCCGCAGGCAGAACAGCGAAGACCUGCCCACCUACGAGGAAGCCAAGGUCCAGUCGCAGUAUUUCCGGGGCCAGCAGCACGCCAGCGUCGGGGCCGCCUUCUACGUCACCGGGGUCACCAACCAGAAGAUGAGAACGGAGGGGCGGCCGGUGGUGCAGCGGCUCAGCACCGGGAAGGUCCACCAGGACGAGGGGUUGAGAGAUCUCAAGCAGGGCCACGUCCGCUCCCUGAGCGAGCGCCUGAUGCAGCUGUCACUGGCCACCAGCGGGGUCAAGGCUCACGCCCCCGUGACGAGCUCUCCACACUCCCCGCCGCAGCCUGGCGACCUUUACAAAAACCCUGCCGGUUCUAACGACUAUUACAAGAACCCAGGACCAGCCCCGGCUCAGCCCAGCCUGAAGGCCAUGGAGCACCGGGGUCCCCCUCCUGACUAUCCGUUCAAGGGUGUGCCCAACCCGUCUCUGGUCUGCAAGCCUCAAGAGGCCGGGCACUUCUUCGGUGAACAUCGUCUGAGCCAGCCCGGGAGAAUGGAGGGGCCCAUGAUGAGGUACCAGCAUCCCCCUGAGUAUGGAGCAAGCAGACCGGCCCAGGACAUCUCCCUGCAGCCCAGGACCCCUCACCAUCACAGCCCCACCUCUUCCGUGACGUCACUGGGGUCCCUGAACCUGCUCCAGUCUCCGCCCACGACCAGGCCGUCACCUGCGCAGCAGCACCCCCUGAGCCAGAACCAGGGAGAGCCCAACCCUCUGCUGGCCAGACCCCAGCAGCUGCUCCUGCCCAGUCAGGGCCACCAGGGGGAUUCGUAUCGCCAGGGCCAGCCCAAUCCGAGCCAGCAGCAGCCGGGAGAAGCCUACGCGGCCAUGCCCCGGGCUCAGCAGCUCCCCUCGCCCUACCAGGCCAUGCCGUCGGACCCGUACACCAUCGUCUACAGAGCGCAGCAGAUGGUGGAGGUUCUCUCCGACGAAAACCGCUCCCUGCGCCAGGAGCUGGACACCUACUAUGACAAAGUGACGAAGCUGCAGAAGCUGGAGACAGAGAUCCAGCGUGUCUCGGAGGCCUAUGAAAACCUGGUGAAGACCUCUUCCAAGCGGGAGACCCUGGAGAAGGCCAUGAGAAACAAGCUCGAGGGGGAGAUCCGGAGACUCCAUGAUUUUAACCGGGACCUUCGAGAGCGCAUGGAGACAGCCAACAAGCAACUUGCUGAGAAGGAGCACGAGGGGUCGGAGGACACCCGGAAGACCAUCUCCCAGCUCUUCGCACAGAAUAAAGAGACCCAGCGGGAGAAGGAGAAGCUGGAGAUCGAGUUGACAGCCGUGCGCUCCACCAACGAGGACCAGCGGCGCCAUAUUGAAAUCCGGGACCAGGCCCUGAACAAUGCCCAGGCUAAGGUGGUGAAGCUGGAGGAUGAGCUUAAGAAGAAACAAGUGUAUGUGGAGAAGGUGGAGAAGAUGCAGCAGGCUCUGAUGCAGCUGCAGGCCGCCUGUGAGAAGCGAGAACAGCUCGAGAACCGCCUUCGGGCCCGGUUGGAGAGGGAGCUGGAGUCCCUGCGCUUGCAGCAGCGUCAGGGUACCUCACAGGUGACCAACCUCGCGGAGUACAGUGCCUCGGCCCUCAUGGAGCUCCUCCGGGAGAAGGAAGAACGCAUCCUGGCUCUGGAGGCCGACAUGACUAAGUGGGAACAGAAGUACUUGGAGGAGACGGUGAUGAGGCAGUUUGCCUUGGAGACCGCAGCCACCGUAGCCGCGCACAGAUCUCACAUCAGUGAAGGCUCCACUCAGAGAGGUCUACCUCAGGAAUGGUGGAAUAUUCUUCACAGAAGGGACACGACCGGCGGCGGCAGCCACUCUCCCAACACCAGCUAUGACAAGUCUCUGGAGGCACGGAUCCAGAAGGAGGAGGAAGAGAUCCUGCUGGCCAACAGAAGGUGCCUUGAUAUGGAGGGCAGGAUUAAGACUCUUCAUGCCCAGAUCAUUGAAAAGGAUGCCAUGAUUAAAGUCCUCCAGCAGCGCUCCCGGAAGGAGCCCAGCAAGAUCGAACAGCUGACACCCAUGCGUCCGGCAAAGUCUCUGAUGUCCAUUUCGAACACCGGCUCAGGUUUGAUCCCUCACUCCUCCACCCUCAGCAGCACCCCCAUCCUGGAAGAGAAGAGAGAGAACAAGAGCUGGAAGGGGAGUUUAGGUGUCCUCCUGGGCACAGAAUGCCACUCUGAGUUAUGCAUCCCUUCUAUCCCAUCUUCCCCACCACUUUCAGCUCACUCCAAGACAGGCAGCCGUGACUGUAGCACCCAGACGGAUCGGGGAGCCGACCCAACCAAAAGCGCCGCCGCCGCUGCCAAUGCCACUGCAGCCACUGCAGCCACUGCCACCAUUGCCCCCGCCACUACCACCACCGUCACCGGGCCCGGGCCCGAGGCAGCAGCCGCGGCCACCGCUGUGGCUAACGUCCCUUCUGCAGCUCCCACUCUUGCCGCCGCUACCGCCGCCACUGCCGCCGGUACCGCUGUUGCUGCUCCCGCUGCUGUCGGGGCCACCGCUGGGGCCGCUGUCGGGGCCACUGCUGGGGCUGCUGCUGGGGCCGCUGCUGGGGCCACCACUGGGGCCGCUGCUCCGCCUUCUCUCCAUCCAGCCGCCAGCCACGGACCGGCUCAUUUCCCUACUCCAAACUUGGCCUAUAAUUCCGACAAGGCAGAUGGACCCAUUAUCCGCCCUGGUGCUGUGGAAAGAAAAGUGGGCGUCCGUUCUCCGGGACAAGACCACCUGGAUCUGGAAGUUGUGGAGUAUCUCAUCUAAACUGGCCCAACCGAGAGAAAGAGCCGGUCGCCCCAAACCGGGUUUUCUCUUUUCUUUUGUUUUUCAGAAAGUCAUUUUGUUUAGAAACAGGGCAGUCCUUGAGUUGUGAGGAAUAGUUACUCCCCCCCCAAACCCCUAGUGAUAAGACCUUCAAAGGCAGAGUAAUUAGGAUGUGCUUCGAGUUAGGUUGGGAUUGGAUUUUCGCUUGUUUGAAUGCUGGAAGUACUCGCGACUGGCUGGGAAAUCUCGUCUUAAAUGCACCGGGUUUGCUUGUCAGUUUCAACCUUGUCAUCCUGUCAUUGACAAAUGUAUUCACGACAUAGAAAUGAGAGACUUGGAGGCGCGCUUGGACCAGGCGGCCAGCGUACGGGGAAAGUGCCAUUUGACGGUGCCUGGAAAAGGGGCUGGGGGAUAGAACUGAGACCGGUUCCUUUUCCCCCACCCCCUUGCCUCAGCUUUCUCACGCUAAAGAAUGGAACCCAUCCGGAUGUUGGGAAUCUGGCCGCUGGGUUUUUUGCACGCAGAUUUCCCCAACCGCCCCCCCCCCCCCCGCCGUCCUCCAGAAUGGGGUGGAAUAGGGAAA